CCUUAAGAACUGUACACUUUCAGCUGUCACCGAGGGUAACUCAGAUCAGGCUUAGAAAUCACUUGACUUAACUCAGCAGCACUUUUUCUUUUCUUUGUGUCUGUAUUACUUUAGCAGUCUUCUCUAAAUACUGGAGGCAUUGGAUUUCAUGUCGGCAAAAGGAAUUUAAGAAUGACAAAACUAUAAUCUGUUAGAAAUAGUUAAUUUGUAGAAUUUUACUCUAUAAAAGGGUUUAGUUUCAAUUUGUUUUGAAAUGAAAGAAUUAAGUUGUGUUUUUAGCCAAAUGAAUUGGCAUCUUUAUAUUUAGGAGAAGUAACAUUGGUGAUUAUUUAUUUCAAGAAUCAUGACUGGAAAAAGCUUGGAAGUUUAGUAGAGGAGUGUAUGUUGUACAUACAAAGACAAGAUCUGCACGAAUCUAUGUAUUUCUGGGUGUCUGGUGAAGGCCAUUUUAGGUGACUGGCCAAGAGAAGGAGGUGCCCUAGUGAUCCUUGAGUCACGGCCGUACUGCUAGGACCAUGACUACCAUACCAAGAAAAGGCAGCAGCCACCUGCUUGGCAGUUUGCACACCUGUAAACUGAAGCUGCAAGAGGACCGGCAACAGCAAGAAAAAUCUGUCAUUGCUCAGCCAAUAUUUGUUUUUGAAAAGGGAGAACAUACUUUUAAGAGACCUGCAGAAGACGCCCUGUAUGAAGCAGCAGAACCAGAAUGUAAUGGUUUUUCAAGAAAGCGUGUACGGUCUUCAUCUUUCACUUUUCAUAUUACAAAUUCUCAGUCCCAGGGAGUGAGGAAAAACAAUGUUUUUAUGACAUCAACUCUUGUGCAAAGUAAUGUUGAUAUAAAGAGUGCUGAACAAGGUCCUGUGAAAAAUUCUAAACAUGUUAUUAGACCUGCUAUUUUGCAGCUACCUCAAGCUCGAAGUUGUGCAAAAGUAAGAAAAACAUUUGGACACAAGGCACUGGAAUCCUGCAAGACUAAAGAAAAAACAAAUAAUAAGAUUUCUGAGGGAAAUUCCUAUUUGUUAAGUGAAAAUUUAUCAAGUGCUAGAAUUUCAGUCCAGCUGUCUACUAACCAGCACUUUUUAGGUGCAACAUCAGUAGGAUGUCAACCAAAUGAAGAUAAAUGUUCCUUUAAAAGCUGCAGUUCCAAUUUUGUUUUUGGAGAAAACAUGGUAGAAAGAGUUUUGGGUACUCAAAAACUCACCCAGCCUCAACUUGAAAAUGAUUCAUAUGCCAAGGAAAAACCAUUCAAAUCCACUCCGAAAUUUCCUGUCAACUUUUUAAGUUCAAGAACAGACUUUAUUAAAAAUACUUCCCUAAUUGAAUCAGCUGCUGCAUUCUCUUCCCAACCAUCAGGAAAAUGCUUGCUGGAGAAAAUUGAUGUUAAAACAGGGGAGGAAACAGAACAUAAUGUGUUAAAGAUCAACUGCAAGCUUUUCAUAUUCAACAAAACAACACAAUCCUGGAUUGAAAGGGGCAGAGGAACGUUGAGACUGAAUGACACAGCAAGCAGUGACUGUGGAACAUUACAGUCAAGACUAAUUAUGCGCAAUCAAGGCAGUCUAAGGCUGAUCCUCAAUAGCAAACUCUGGGCCCAAAUGAAGAUUCAAAGAGCAAACCACAAAAAUGUACGAAUAACAGCUACUGAUUUAGAAGACUAUAGCAUCAAAGUAUUUUUAAUUCAGGCCAGUGCCAAAGAUACAGCAUAUUUGUAUGCAGCAAUACAUCAUCGUCUUGUUGCACUUCAAAGCUUCAAUAAGCAGAAAGAUGUCAAUCAAGCUGAAAGCCUGUCAGAAACAGCCCAACAAUCGAACUGCGAAAGCUGUGAUGAGAAUGAGGAUGAUUUCAUCCAAGUCACUAAAAAUGGAUCAGAUCCUUCUAGGUGGACUCACAGACAGUCGGUUGCCUGUUCAUGAAUACUACCUACUAUAAACAUGACAUCUACAAAAAGAGGGGUCACCCUACUGAAAAUACUAAACCACCCUAACUAAUGAGAAGAUUCUAUUCAUUCCUUGAAGAGUUUUUAUAGAAAAGUUUAAGAAAUGUAAUUUGUUGCAGUUAACAUUUUUAUGUUUUACAUUUUACAUUUUGAUUAUUGUGCAGAAACUGACAGAAUUUUAAAAAAUGGACUUCAGAAGUUCAAAAUUUAUCAUUUUUGAAGAAGUUUAUUUAGAAUAGGAUUUUAUAACUAAUUUGGACUCUUCAUCACAUUGAUGGAUAUAAUACUUAGAAUUAUUAAUUGCUAGAUUUGAUAAAUACCUAACAAAAUGUUUAUUUUUUUCAGUCAUACAUGACCAUAAAACAAAUAUUUUACUAAAUUUCCAGAGUCAUUUCUUUGAAAAAUAGUAUAAUUGCAUAAUAACAUUUCACUAAAUCCUGUUUAUCUUCUGGAAAAUGUAUAUUUUAAUUUAGCUUUUGGAUUUCCUAAUAUGAUAAGCUUAUAUAUUCAUGGUAUGAAUUCCUUUAAAAAGAGCAUCUGCUCUUGGACUUGUAUCUGUUGCAUCUUGUCAAUGUUUGACUCAUGGUCAGCAUCCAAUAGUUGUUAAAUGAAUAAAUAAAAUAUAAUACAUUACCUAUGUAUCAAAAAGCACAUAUAAGAAAGCCAAAUAUGUUAACUUGUUCUACUUUAUUUAUGUAAUUAUAUUUUCAUUAAUAUCUUAGUAGGUGGGGCUGUAUAGAGAGAAAAACAAAUGUAUCAUACAUAGCCAAAUGAAUCUUUUUCUUAAAUGCUAUUAUUAUCGUAGGCUACAGUAACUUCAACAAUUUUGCAAUAGAGUUUUGAUCCUCUUCUUUGAGAUUUGUUUCAGAGACACCUCAUGGAUCACACAAGAAAAUCAGUCUCAGUACUUAUAGCCCUGUUUCAUUUUUCAAUUCAGUUUUAUCACACCAUGGCUUCGAAGUGACUUUUGAUUGUGACCCCUAAACAAUUCUCUGAUUAGGGGAUAAAAAUUCAUAAUUCCAAGAUGUUUCUGAAAAUGUUCUGAACAAUGACAACAUAUUUGGAAUGAGGGCAUAAUUUCACUAAGUGAUACUUCGAAGAACAAUAUUCAUUUGGAUAUGCGAACACACAUUUUCAAAAGUUAUAUUACUGUAUUACCAUACCUGUUAUAAAAUAAUAAAAAUAUAUAAGUAUUUAUUAAGUCAAACUUCAGCUAGUGCCUGAAAGUUUAGCAUAUGAAAGUUAAAUUAACUUUUAGAUUAUGAUUAUGACAAUUGUUCAACAUUUUGUCCUUCCUUAUAACUGAGAAAGCAUAACUUAACUACUAAGAGAGGCCCAUUCAUUCUUCCAGUGAUUCUAGAAGAAAUAUGGCACAUAAUAUCCUUUACUUCUAAAUAAAAGAGUCAGUGACUCAGAAAAUAAAGAGGAAAAAUAAAGUUAAUGUGACAGAGAUGAAGAAAAGAUAGGAAAAAAGAGAUUUAGCAUGAAAGAAAGAAUAAAAAGAAUGGACAACAGAAAUACUCUUUUUUAAAAUCAAGAAGAGUGACUCUGAUGCGGAACACACUCAGCAGAAAAUUUUCAUUAGAAACAUAACAGAGAGAUAUUUAGAGAAGAUAAUAAAGCACUGGUUCUCUUUUAUUGUAAGAUC